GAAUCGUGUGACGUACUUUAUUAUCAAAUUUAUAAUCCGGGUAGGAAAAUAGUUUUUGUGUUUCGUCAUCGGGGUGCUAUCGGGUACAAACAUAUCGCCUGUAACUGUAUAAAAUGGUUGACUAAACCGAGACGAAUUAGAUUAACUUGAUCUAUCUAUCGAGACAACAUUAAUUUCUAUUUUCGGCCUGAUUUCGGCCUAUAAAAAGCGCAUUUGAGAAGUUAAUAUACAUUUAUCGUGUUUGUACAUUCAAUCGGGAAGUUUCUAAAACAGCUUCAUUUUUGUUUUAGUAUAAAGAUUUAUUUACAAAAAUAUUAAAUUAUUGUUUUAAAAAGUAAAAGAAAGGGUUAAAAUUUACAAACAGAUUUUGAAUUGAAAAUAUUAGUAAGAAGAAAAAAAAAAAAUAUAGUAAUAACUAAAAAAGAGACCAAAAUGUUUACGUUUAAAAUCUUUUGGAUUGGAAUGGCGGCCAUAUUGUCUCAGACUUGGCACGUGGCAUCACAUGGACGCUUGAUUCAACCGGCACAGAGGUCGUCUGCUUGGAGGUUUGGGUACGAUAACCCGAAAAAUUACAACGAUAACGAGUUGUUCUGUGGUGGGUUCGCGGUACAGUAUAACGCCGUCAACAAAGGCCGUUGUGGUGUUUGUGGUGACCCAUUUAGUGCUGCAGUUAAACCAAACGAAGAUGCCGACGGUAAAUACGUAAAGAAUGGCGUCAUAACCGGAAGUUACGUCAAAGGUGAUAUUCUGACGGCAAAAGUUGAUAUUACGGCGUACCAUAAAGGCUGGUUUGAAUUCAGACUAUGCCCACUGGAAACUCCCACCACUGUGGUCACACAGGAGUGCUUAAACCAGAACCUACUGAUGGUAGCGGGUUCGAGCACUACACGGAUUAUUUUGAAGGAUAUUAAACAAGGAACAGGUGUGGAGAUAUUCGAGAUAGAACUACAGUUACCUGAUAUCAUAUCAUGUGAGAAAUGCGUGCUACAAUGGAAAUACAACACUGGAAAUAGUUGGGGUUGUGAUGCCGGUGUUUGUGCAUUAGGCCGUGGAAACCAGGAGAACUUUGUUAACUGCGCUGAUAUCAAGAUUGAUGACAUACUCACGAAUUCAUCCACCACAACAAGUAGUUCUACUGUCCGCCAAUCAACCACUAUGAAGGUGCUGACGUCAUCAUAUUCCAGCACAUCAACAUCAACAAUGACGACAUCACCUGCUGCGUCAUCUUCUUCAACUUUAGAAUCAACCCAUUCCUCAUCGUUAACAUCAUCUACAACAACAUCAACGACGUCACAAACUACAUCAUUAUCACCACCAACAACAACAACAUCAACGACGUCACAAACUACAUCAUCACCAACAGCAACAACAUCAACGUCACAAACUACGUCAUCACCAACAACAACAUCAACGACGUCACAAACUACAUCAUCACCAACAACAACAACAUCAACGUCACAAACUGCGUCAUCACCCUCAACAACAUCAACAACGUCACAAACUACGUCAUCACCAACAACAACAUCAACGUCACAAACUACGUCAUCACCCUUAACAACAUCAACAACGUCACAAACUACGUCAUCACCAACAACAACAUCAACGUCACAAACUACGACAUCACCCACAACAACAUCAACGUCACAAACUACGUCAUCACCCUCAACAACAUCAACAACGUCACAAACUACGUCAUCAUCACCAACAACAACAUCAACGUCACAAACUACGACAUCACCCACAACAACAUCAACGACGUCACAAACUACGUCAUUAUCAACACCAUCAUCUUCAUCAUCUUCAACAACAACAACAACAACAACAACAUCAACAACAACAACAGUAAAACCAAAAACCGGAAAUACAGUCAUGGUAUGUUCGAAAAGUCUAACAUGUAGAGCUAUUUUACCAUACUCGGCUACUCCCGGCAUGCCAAAGUGGUGCUGUGACAAUUGUCAGAGAGGAUAUUGUCCGUCAAGUCACUGCGUUUGUUCCUGAUGUGGGAAAAAUUAGUCCGUGACGAGUGUUCAGUAUUAAUACGCAGCGUCUUUCAUGGUAAACAAAUCAGUAACUUUUUCAUGUAUCAGGGGUUAUUUUAUAAUGUAUGCAAAGGAAACUCAUUCAGUAUUCAUAAAUGAGAGUCUUAACUGCAUGAAUUUCUAUUUGAAGGGAAACGAAUUUGUAUAGAAGGCAUACAUGACGUCACGACAAAAUACUAUAAAAUAGUAUAACAUAUGCACCGUCGUGCAAUACCGUUUUUACGAAUCAAUUCUAAAAGCGGUAGGAUAAAAGCAUAGUAAUGUGUUAAAAUGUAUAACAUAAACUUUUAACAUGUGACUUGACCUUUAUACUUCAAUGUAAAAUGGUCUUGUAUUGUUUUUGCUUUAAAAUUUCUAAAGAAAUAGACUAAUGAAGGUUAACUUGAUUUGAUCGAAUGAAUAAACAAGUGAAUGUUUUUAGAUCUUAAAUGAAAUGCAGUUUUUAACAGAAUGUGAAAUGUGAUUCCACUUUUUAAUUUAAAGACCUUACUUAAAUGCCUUUAUAGAGUUUAAAAAAGAAAUUUGAAAUUCAAAAUUGAUUUCAUUUUAUAGUUAUAUUGAUCCUAGGCUUUGAUGUUUUAACUCAUAAUUAAAUUGAUUUUAAUAAUUUACUAAACCAAAUUAUUUUAUAUGACUUUUGUUAAUAAUUGCUUUAAUGUGGCUUUUUAAUAUAACUAUGUACUUUAUUUAAAUGCGUAAUUUGAUAGCUUUUCUAAAACAUUUGUUGAAAUAUCGGAUUUUAGAUGUAAUUGAUCUGUGUUCAUUCAUUUAUACAAUCAUUUAUUACAAUCAUUUAUUGCAUUCAUAUACAUGUACAAAUAUAAAUUAUAAUUAAUAAAAACUGAGUUUGAUUUA